CAAGUAAUACUCUUUCCCAAGUUUUACUUGAAGCCUUUCGUCACCGUGAAUCAGCCAAUCAGGUCUCCGUUUCGCUAGAUGCGCCAUAUGCUUUGCAAGUUCAGAGCAACGCAUCAAAACUCAACCGGCGGUAAAGUGGCUCCGGUAGAUUUUGAUUCGAGACGGCAAUGACAGCGACAAUGAUGUUUGCGGGUGUGGACAUUGGCGCAACGGGCGUCAAAGUUGGUGUCGUAACUUCGGAAGGUGCUGUGGUGGCACGUGAGCAGGAGAACUACCACCCGGAGAAGCACGAGCCCCAGGACGUCGUGGAUCUGGCCAUCUCCGUGCUGCACAAAGUGCUCGAGGCGACCCGGUUGGGAUUGGGAGACCUAGAGGCUGUUGGUGUGGGAUGCCCCGGCGUUCUAGAGGCUGGUGGCGUCAUCCGCGCUGCUGCCAACUUUCCGUCCUGGUUGGAUGUACCACUCCAACAAGUGUUCACAAACACCCUGGGCAGACCGGUCACUGUGUGCAACGACGCUGACGCUGCUAUCUUAGCAGAGCAAUGGGUGGGCACGGCCAAGGGUGGCAUCAAGGAUUUUAUUAUGUUGACUCUCGGUACAGGUGUGGGCUUUGGUGUCGUUGCGAACGGCGAGCUUGUGCGAGGUGGCAGCAAUGCCAUUGAAGGGGGCCACAUGAUUGUUGAACGCAACGGAAGACCGUGCGGUUGCUCCCAAAGAGGCUGUCUUGAAGCUUACAGCUCGGCUGGCGCGCUGAUGUCGCAAGUUCAGGAGCAUCUACGUGCUGGCAGGGACUCGAGUCUGGCCAAGUAUUCAGAAGCAGACAUCAAUGCUGAAUUCGUUUUCAAGCAUGCCGCUGAAGGGGACGACUUGUGCAAGCAUCUGAUCGAAGAAGCUGCCGACUACUUGGGUUUUGCAUGCGUAACCUUCUGCCGAAUGCUGGAUCCGGAGGUAAAGUUGCUGUUGUUCAUGUGAUCAAUGGCGGUUGAAUGGACUAAAACCUUUCGCCUGAAGAUUAUCGUGCUAUCUGGAGGAAUUGCUGAAGCUGGCGAAACUUACAUCGAAAAGAUUCGGCGUGCUUACGCAAAGCACACGUGGGCCAAAUUCCCCAAUCCCGUUCGUAUUGAGAAAGCUAGUGCUGGAUAUGAUUCCGGUAUCAUUGGUGCCGUUGCAGUUUGCAAAAACCAACGCAAGGGCCCAUGAAGGUAUUACGUCUGGUGUCGUGCUCAAGCGGAGUGAGUACGGUAGAGGGCCGUAACUACCGUAGUUCGCAUAUUUCGUUUCUCAAUACUCAUUACCUACUUCAGCUGUCAAUGGUAUAAAUUGAACAGCUUGUACUUGUACUACUUACUACAUGUAGUACUACGCACGUUAUUGAUAUCAACACAGCUUGCUUGUUGAAAAAAAACAAAGUGGUUUUGAGUUAUCGAGGCAACAGAGCAAAGCAUUACACCACGUAUCGCUAGCAGAUUAAUCACUGUCACUGUCACUGAUGACUGGGCUCGCACUUCCGUCGUUCUGCGGGAAGGGGCUAUCACCCCUGCCAUUUUUUUCAGCCGGGUUGCCUGCUUUCUCCGGAGAACUGUCGGGUGGAGGUGUGCUUGCCUUCGCUUCCUCGUCAUCAGGUGAUACCUGAUUUUCUCCUGCCCGUCGGCGCUUGAACUCACGCACACUCUCAUCGUCAUCAAGCUGAUCAUCGUAAACUCCUCCGCAUUCGAAAAGAAUUUGAGUGCGACGCUCGUUUUCGCCUUCUGAGUAACCCCGGCGGUGAACGACAGCUCCAUGACGGCGUUUUUCUUCGCCACUCAUCUGCAAUAGCCACACAAAUGUCGGGGUUCAAACCAGAAGAUAACACGCCGUCGACUCAACACGACGUACCUUCGUUUUUCUGAGCUGGAUACGGUUCAGAACAUCACUGUACGUGAACUGAUUGGAUUCAGGAUCCAGCAUGAAGACAACGUGCUGUGACUCGCGCUGCACAACGGAACGCCCGUCAUUCAUGAAGGAAAAGAAUACAAACGUAAGUGAACUGUCAACCAUUCUAGCAGAGCCCUGUUGCCAACGUACACUGUCAAGCGAAUCCACAGACAUAAGAUACUCUCGGAGGUAAGAGAAUUUCUCGCGAUCGCUGCUUUCCUGCGGAAACAAAAAAUCACAC